GAGAAAGGAGUUGGAGCAAAAGCUCUCACUUUACGUUUUCUAACAGACUGCCAACAAAUCAAUCACAACAAAUGUUUAAGUUAAGAUGAAUGGGUUUCAGAGAUAGGGAGAGUCAAAGUAGUCGAAAUUAAUAGUACGUGGCAGCUUAUAUGCUUUGAAGUACUGAUUUUUAAGUUAGUUAGAUAAUUUGUAGUAUAUAAAUCAGCGAAUCACACCCUUUCACAUCCAAUCAGAUACAUACUACAGAGUUCAGAUGGCACUAGAAAUUUUAUUAUUUUAGUACACACAUUGUCAAUUAUUAUAAAGGUUAUGUUAACCUAUAAAACACAAACACCAAGAAAUAAUUUUAACAUGAUAAUAUUAUAAAAAAUACAGAAUCUACAGAACGUAUAAAUUUUGUUCUUAAAGUAAAUAUAGAAAUAUGAGUACACAGAAAGGCAAUUCAAAUCGAUCAAGACCUCAAAAGUAUAAAAAUCGAACUGCUUUUAAAAAUGACUUACAUGAUACAUCACACAAAAUAAAAAUCAUUAAUAAUAUCGAUGUUGCAAAUGUAUGUGAAAGAUGUAAACAAGUAAUUGAAUGGAAAAUUAAAUACAAGAAAUAUAAACCAUUAAAAGCACCAUCAAAGUGUACAAAGUGUCAACAAAAGUCAGUGAAACAUGCGUACCAUAAUGUGUGUUUACCUUGUGCUAAGCAAUUUAAAGUAUGCCCAAAGUGUGGUGUUGAAAGUGAUAUCGUUGAAGGAACACUCAGUAAAGAAGAAUCUAUGAAGUUAGAUAAAGAGUUGCAAGCACUUCUCAAAGAAUUACCUGAACGAAAGCGUAGAACAUUUAUACGUUACAUGAAUCAUAAUGCUUCAAAUAAAACAAAAAAUAAGAACAACAAGGAAAAUGGAAACGAAGAAACCGAAAUUGAGGAGCAACAAAAAAAUGAAACUAUGGUUGAAGAUAGUAUAUCCAAAAACGAAUUGUUAUCAAAAUUAAGAUCAUUACUCAUUAAAGAAAAAGAUAGUGAAAACUUUGAUAUUGAUGAUGAUUUGGAUUCAGAUUCAGAUUCAGAUUCAGAUACAUUUACGUAAAAAAUAAAAUAUAUUUAUAUAAGUUGUUAAAGAAGAUCAAGUCAGAAACUGUUAUAUAAAAGACCAAGAAUGGGGAAUGUUGAGCCUGCCUGCAUUUUACAAGUACA